UUCCUUAUUUCUCAGAGAGGAAGUGUGUGGCCUGUUUGGCAAAUGCUGUUGCACUUGACAGCGUGAACUUCACAACACGCGCACUCGACCGGCUGCUCCUCGACCUGAUCAGCCAAACCUUGCUGGCAGCCCGCGAGCUGCAUUAUGACUACUGCUUCCUCGGAGAAAUCCUGCAAGCUGGAAUACCAUGACUAGCAUUUAAAGUUCUGAAGAGCUUUGACGGAAUUAGAGAGAGCUAUGGGAAAUACUAUGAAAACGCCAAGAGCCUCAGCAGAAACAAGGGUGUCGAGCCAAACGGGUCAGGAGAGUGAUUUCCUUGCUGUCCUCUAUGAUUAUCCUUCAGCAGACAUAAGCCAACCUAUAUUUCAUGUAGGGGAAAAACUACGUGUGCUAUCAGAUGAAGGAGGCUGGUGGAGAGUCCAUUCCCUCACAACUGGGCGAGAAAAUUAUAUUCCAGGAAAAUAUGUAGCAAAGGUUUACCACGGCUGGUUGUUUGAAGGGCUGGGGAGAGAAAAAGCAGAGGAACUUCUACAGCUUCCCAACACCAAGGUCGGCUCCUUCAUGAUCAGAGAGAGUGAAACUAGGAAAGGGUUGUAUUCGCUGUCAGUACGGCACAGCCAAGUGAAACAUUACAGGAUCUUCCGCCUUCCAAAUAACUGGUAUUACAUCUCUCCACGACAAACCUUUCAGUGCCUUGAAGACCUCGUGAAUCACUACUCAGAAGUUGCUGAUGGUCUCUGCUGUGUCCUUACAACACCUUGUCUCACCCAGUGCACUAACAACCAUGGUAUUAUGAGCCAAGUUCCUCCGGUGGUGAUGCGGAACAAAAACUUCAACUGGAGAAGCAUACACAGGCUGGAGAUGACUGAAGAUACUGAAAGCACAUUGUCAGCAAUAGAUGAUUCCUGUCUCAGCUACGGCCUAAGGGAGAGUAUCGCUUCCUAUCUUUCCUUAGCUGGGGAUGACAACUCUUCUUUUGCAAGUGCCAGAAAGAAGAAAACCCAAUCUCUUAUAUACACAGGAAGCAAACGUAAGAGUACCCUUCACUUGUCACCUACAUACUAUGAAGACUGAACCCAAAAUGAUCUGGAAAAAAAAAAAGUACUGAAGGG